GGUGUUUCCCGGAUAACAGCUAAUCCACUCCCCUCGAUUUUCCCAGGAUGACUUUUAGGUCAGUGGGGGUUUUCUUCUAGGGUUUUUGGUCGCCGGCUGCAUAUCCUCGCAAACCCUACGCCAUUCCAACCGUUCGAUAUUUUCACAAUGGCUGCGAACAAUGCUGCGGCGGGGCUGGAUAAAGAACAGAUCUUUGGGAUGGCAGAAAAAGAAAUGGAGUAUAGGGUGGAUCUGUUCAACAGGCUGACUGGGACAUGUUUCAAUAAAUGUAUUGAGAAAAGGUAUAAGGAAUCUGAGCUGAAUAUGGGUGAAAACAGUUGUAUCGAUCGUUGUGUUUCGAAAUAUUGGCAGGUGACUAAUCUGAUAGGGCAGCUGCUUGGUUCCAACCGCCCUCCAAUGUGAUGCGGCUCUGGUUCUGCUCGCUUGCAGUUGGUAGGGAUUUAUUGUGUUUUGUUCAUUACAUGCAUAAUCAGCUACAAAGAAUAUAAAAAUGCACAAACUAGUCCAGAUGUAUCCUGGUCUCACAUCUUGCCAACUUUAUCAAUUUUGCAAAAAUAGAUCUGUUUAUGUUUUUUUGCACUGACCAUGAAUCAGAGCCUUUGAAAGGGGACCCAUUUUCUGUCUAUCAUCUAUAAAAUCUCUGUCUAUCAUUUCGAUGCA